AUACACGUCUACGCCUGGUAAAAUCCGAGCGACGGGACGAUAAGAAGCGGAGAAUAAAAGGACGAGUAGAUCCGAGGAAGAGCCAAGUGUCUCGUCAGCCUCGAGCAGUUUUACAACGCUUGUGUUCUCUAUUUUCUUUCUAUUCUCUCUCGGCGGGAGACUCGACAAACUCGAAGAUGCAGUCCAAGUUUCUGGCGAUCGCGGCUCUCUGCCUCCUCUCGCUCUACGUGACUCCGGCUCAUUCGAUCUACUGCUGGGUGAACACGAACAACGACAUAAGCGAUCGACAGCCGCUGGUGCUGCAGACCAACUCGAACGAGUUCCUCUACCCGUCGAAGGCCAACUCGAAGGAUUUGAAACUGAACUUCUGCGAGACCCUCAGGGUUGCCUGUCCGCAGGACAACCUGGUGGUCUUCUCUCGCAACCUGAACGUCUCCGAGGCUACCCUCCGAUGCUACGGUCUGAGCUUCUUCGACGUCGUGGGCACGAAUUACGCGGCGCCUUUCAAGCGCAUCGGGUGCACGAGGAUGCCCGUCGCCGAGGCCAACAGUACCGGCGCCAUUUGUCCCAACGGAACGAUCGCCCACAUCGGCUUCACUCUGAGCUCGUCGGUCUUCGUGCCGACGAUCGAUCAGAUUUGCUUCAACGACACCUUGGGCCAGACGCACUGGGCUCACUCGAAGGUCAUGCUGGCCGUGAGGAAGAAGCAGAAGGAGUCCGUCGGUGUGCCGACUUACCAGGCCGGAACUUUCUAUCCCAACAUCACCAUGAGCCCGAGCUUGUUCAGCAGGGACAGCGAGAGGGCCAGGCUCAUGACUCUGCUUAACGACUCCAGCCUCGUCGACAUGUACAUUCCGCUGACCGGCGACAACUACCUCGUCGAGGGCAUGCUGGUCCCCCGCUCGGACAUGUUCUACCGGGCACAGCAGGACAGCACGUACUUCUACAUCAACACGGUGCCGAUGUGGAAGAGCGUGAGAGACAACAACUGGAAGCUGGUCGAGGACAUCGUGCGCAAAACCGCCGGAAAGCAAUCGGCCAACUUUGACGUGUGGACCGGCGGAUACCAGGUUCUCAGCUUCGACAACGGCACCGGAAACGCAACGGAGAUCACCCUGACGACUAACCGCGACGGCAGCUCGACCGUCCCCGUGCCCAAGUUCCUCUUCAAGUACGUCGUGGACCAGGUGCGCAACCGUGGCGUCGUCUUCGUCACUCUGAACAAUCCCCACAUCGGCACCAUCACCAGCUCCGAGAUGAUCUGCCAGGCUCGCAGCGAAUGCACGAACCUCUACCCGCAGUUCAACGUCGCCACUAUGGGCUACACCUACUGCUGCGCCAUCGACUCCAGCAGUGGAUUCUACAACAUCGCCAGUAGUUUGGGUCUGCCGACUUUCCCGAGUGCGCAGCCUCUCAUAUGAUCGAUUGUUCAUUGAUUAUGUAUCGCCAUUGCCAUUAUUUAUUUGCCAUUUAAUAAACUAUGCUAAACCAUAAUACAUAUA